GGUCAAGCCCGCUUUUAUUGUUUGGUUGGGUCAGGUCAGGUGAGUCAGCGCGGGUUCAGCUUUUUUCGACGCUUCCACCAGUUUAUCUAAACAGACUAAACCCUCCCCACUGCCCCUAUUGACCCCCCUAUAAAAAAAACUCAGAGAGAGAGAGAGCGAGAGAGAGACAGCCAGAGAGAGAGAGAUCCGCUAUCUUCACUCACCCUUCUCUGUAAUCAUGAGUCUCUUCGGACUUGGAAGGAACCAACGAACAUUUCGUCCCAAGAAAAGCGCGCCUUCUGGAAGUAAGGGAGCACAACUGAGGAAGCACAUUGACGCUACUUUAGGUAGCGGGAACUUGAGAGAAGCGGUAAGGCUUCCUCCAGGAGAGGAUAUGAAUGAAUGGCUGGCUGUAAAUACUGUGGACUUUUUCAACCAGGUGAAUCUUCUUUUUGGCACCCUCACUGAGUUUUGUACAGCGGAAAACUGCCCUACAAUGACUGCAGGUCCAAAGUACGAGUAUAGAUGGGCAGAUGGUGUACAAAUCAAGAAACCUAUCGAAGUUUCAGCCCCAAAAUAUGUGGAAUAUUUGAUGGAUUGGAUCGAAUCUCAGCUAGACGAUGAGUCCUUGUUCCCUCAGAGGCUGGGUGCACCCUUUCCUCCCAACUUCAGGGAUGUCGUGAAAACAAUAUUUAAACGCCUGUUCCGUGUAUAUGCUCAUAUAUAUCACUCUCACUUUCAGAAGAUUGUGAGUCUUAAGGAGGAGGCCCAUUUGAAUACUUGUUUCAAGCAUUUCAUAUUAUUUACAUGUGAAUUUGCUCUGAUUGACAAGAGGGAGCUAGCUCCGCUUCAGGAGCUUAUCGAUUCCAUUGUUGUUCCUUAUUGAAUGGGCUGAAUGUUUUCCUAUAUAAACUUAAUUUACAAAUUUUAUAGACGCAAUAAGGUUCAUGAUAAGAGUGUAUACAUGUGCCAUCGAUAGUUUGCAUUGCAACUAUGUGUUUGAUGUUCUUGUACAAUAUGAUACACGGAUGUUCCGUUUCAAGUUCA